CUUGCCUACCUCGUUUCCCCCUUCAAAGUCUCUGAUAAUCACUGGAUUCUCUUCAAGUGCUCAUGUUGCCUAAUUGUAUGAUCUUGACUCGAGGUGUCUAUGCAUACAAAGGAUAGCUGUCCAUGUGAUCAAGUCUGAGAGGGACGGGAUACUGCAGGUCCUUGAAUCUUGAUGGCGGAGAUUGUCAGCUCGGCACUUGUCCAUGAGACAGCCAGCCAACUCCUAUCCAAUCUGGUUCAGAAAUAUGAGGACAAAGAGGGUGCGAACAGAAACCUGGAGAGGCUAGAGAUGGCACACAUCAGGCUGGAGGCUGCUCUUGAGACGUCACAGAAGUGGCAGAUCACUGAUGCAUCCUUGCUGCGCUGGCGUGGGAAGUUGAAGCGUGCUGCUCAGGAGUGUGAUGACACGCUGCAUAAAUUCAAGCAGAGGAUCCUAGAAGACGAAGAGACAGAAAAGGAGGUGAGAAAGUCCUCAUUUCCUGUACGUAUAGCUCAUACUACCAAAUCGUUUGUUUUCUCCAUCUUCAGCCCCAACAAAGACGAGUCGAACAGCUCCACUGUUCGAAGAUUUGAGUGGUUUGCAGAUGGUGCUAGCGAGUUUCUCAGAUUAUUAGAGCUUGGUGGCAGGCCAUGCCGCCACAUGCCCUUUGACCCUCUUGUCAGGCAUCUUCUGAAUGGCAAGAAACUACAGCACAGAAUCAUUCAGGCAAACAGGCGUCCUUUGUUUCUACAAUUGGUGCCAUAUAUUACAGCAGAGUAUGGAGUAGAGGCUAGAUUCAUCUUUAUGCAGACAGAUGGUAAUGCAUCAGAGGAUGACUUUUUCUUUUCUUUAAUGAUACAACUUUCAGAGAGUACCGACAUAUUAGGGAUCGCAAUCAAAUGCCUACAGCUGUAUGCCCCUCUUUUCAAUUUCAAAUCUACAGUUGAAACCAUUAAGAGUAAACUUGUGCAACUACCUACAGAAGAUUUCUCAUGGGUGCCAAAUGUUGAUACACAUUACAAAGAACAUUGGGAUAAUCUUCACAGGUUUGGCACAGAUUGGUUUCGCCCAAACCCACUAUGUUGCAAGCAGCAUUAUCAGCGCAAGCUCUGUCAUGGUAGUAGAAAGUUAAACAAGUCAAGAUUACCUCAUAUUUGUCUGGAACCAGUUAUUGAAGUACAUCUGGAGUGUCAUGUCUCACUCUUGGACUGCAACCAACAUAGGUCCUCACUGUCUGAAACUAAAAAUUCUCUACAAGAUUCUCCAUAUCUGAAAGUUGGACUCCUAUUUACCCCCCAUGGAUGUUUAGAAGACAUCCAACUUGUGGAUCGAACACCUGCAAUACCGGCAAUCUGCAGCGAGGAGCAGCAUUUCUUGCAUACAGACUUUACCUUGGGACAGCUGGAAGAGAUCAUGCUGCCAAAGGCAAUAGAUUACUUCUGCAAGAAUGAUGAAGCGGCAGUUUACCAACUGCUCUGGAAAUUAAAACAUGGCGCUGCAUACUUUCUGGUUGAGAAGGCAAGGAUGAGCACACAGAGAACAAGCAUGAGAAAUUUUCAGGGACCUAGGAAAGGAAAGAUGUUGCAAUGGCAUGAUCAGGAGAUGAUAGGGAGACAAACAAGCACGAUCUUUCAAUUCCUCAGCCUGUGGGUUACACAUGCGCCCGUCCAGCUGCAGGGCACAAUUGUCGACUGGAUUCAGAAAGAAAAGGAAAGUCAGUUAGCGGCACCGUAGCUGCAUCAGAAACUCAUGUAACAUGGAUGGAUGAGGGAACUGAGAAACACAAGACUGGAAAUGGGUUGUUCAAGGGAGCAAAUGAAAUAUUGGGAGCUGUUUUUCAUAGCUGAGCAUAAUAUGGCGAAAACAUAAAUGCUUCGAAUACAGAGGCAUGAGAAGCAAAGCCUUAGCUUUGUAGAUCGCAACUUACAUAUCAACAGUCUGUAUUCUGCUAGUCUGACAAUUUACAAGUACUAUAUGUUGAGCUCAUAACUUGUUUCUAGUUUCUUAUGGUGCCGCGUGGUUCUCUCCAUUAUGCAGAAAUGGUUUUACCAUUAUAUAUCAACUGUAAUAUGUUUUUCAGCAGUGUAUAGUUAAUUUCUAUGUGAAUUUUAGGAGGGUGGAUAUAGAGUAUGGACAUCGUUUUUAGUUCGUUUUCAGAGAAUUAUAAAGAU